GUUAAUAAACCUGACUUCUCAUCAGCCAAUGAGCUGAUGAGAUAGACAUACCACACGUACUUCACGUGAUCAUUCGAAGAGGACCAUGAGGAGUAAUGGAGGGGUCUGGUGAAAACAGAAAGAAAGGAGUCCAGAGACCCCAGAGAAUAAGAGUAAAACCCAAGGAUGAAGCGGUAUACUAUGCAUCCAGGGGUAAGGACAGAGAAGGAUUGGACGUGAAAUUCAUUAACUCUCUCAAAGGUCGAGUAGUGUUUGCAAAGAGACACUUAGAACGAGGAGAAUUUCUUGUUGAAUACAGAGGGGAUUUGAUGGAAAAAAAGAAGUAUGAAAGGAGAGUUAAACUGUACCACAAAGGCUUAAAAGUCUUCAUGUUUGAGUUUUGUUACAAUGGAAAACAGCUGUGUAUUGAUGCAGCGAAAGAGGACGGCUCAUUGGGAAGACUGGUCAAUGAUGACCAUAUCAACCCAAAUGGCAAAAUCAAAACGGUCACGGUGAAAGGACAUCCUCAUUUAUGUGUUUUUGCAACAAAAGACAUUAAACCAAAGGAAGCGAUUACUUAUAACAAUGGAGACUCAGACUGGCCAUGGAGAAUGAAGAUUUCAGAAGACAAACAUCCUGCUGAUGACGAUACACCAAUUGCAACGACCUCACUCCCAGAUGAGAAGCAGAUUUCAGAAGACAGACAUCCUGCUGAUGACGAUACACCAAAGGCAUCGACCUCACUCCCAGAUGAGAAACAGAUUUCUGAAGACAGACAUCCUGCUGAUGACGAUACACCAAAGGCCUCGACCUCACUCCCAGAUGAGAAACAGAUUUCAGAAGACAGACAUCCUGCUGAUAACGAUACACCAAAGGCAUCGACCUCACUCCCAGAUGAGAAACAGAUUUCUGAAGACAGACAUCCUGCUGAUGACGAUACACCAAAGGCCUCGACCUCACUCCCAGAUGAGAAACAGAUUUCAGAAGACAGACAUCCUGCUGAUGACGAUACACCAAAGGCAUCGACCUCACUCCCAGAUGAGAAACAGAUUUCUGAAGACAGACAUCCUGCUGAUGACGAUACACCAAAGGCCUCGACCUCACUCCCAGAUGAGAAACAGAUUUCAGAAGAAAGACAUCCUGCUGAUAACGAUACACCAAUUGCAUCGACCUCAGUCCCAGAUGAGAAACAGAUUUCAGAAGACAGACAUCCUGCUGAUAACGAUACACCAAAGGCCUCGACCUCACUCCCAGAUGAGAAACAGAGCUUCCAACAUAAAGUGGGUUCUUCAUCAGCUUCAUCAUUUGAAAAAUGUGCAUUCUGUCAUGGCCCCUUAAGUGCCAGGAAAUGGAUUUGUGUCAAAUAUAAAGCCCUCCCUGAAAAUUAUGCUGAGAUGGAAGAUCCACGUAGAAAGCAAAAACGUCCAUGGUCUCCCAAAGAAAUUGCAGCUGUGAUGAGGCAUUUCCAGGAACACAUUGCUAAUGGAAAGCUGGCUACUGUUGUUGAAAUCAAACAGUGUAGGAGUGGUGAGCAUCCUACACUAGCUAGUCGCCCAGUCCAAAACAUAAUAGACUUUGUCAGAAAUCGUGGCCUGAUUCAAAAAAGGAAAAAACAGCAAAAGGAAAACAGCUGUUGAAUGAAUAAGCAUAGUUUGAAGAAUAUAUGUUACAAGUUUGUUGAAGAGAAGACAGGUGGCCAAAAAGUUAGGAGACAUUUAUGAUCUGUUUCACCAUUGUUCAAAAUAAACUUGGCUGUUCAGUGCCAGAUUGGGA